AUGGAGCUUGAAGCUGAUUUUGCUGAUGAAGAUGUCAGUUCAAAUAAUGGAUUACAGGAUCUGUGGUCACUUGAUGAGAUAGAUCCAAAGAGAGCAAGGUUCCCGUGCUGCAUUGUCUGGACGCCUCUUCCUGUAGUUUCAUGGCUUGCUCCUUACAUAGGGCAUGUUGGAAUCUGUCAGGAGGAUGGGGCUAUCUUGGAUUUUGCUGGUUCAAAUUUGGUGAGCGUGGAUAAUUUUGCUUAUGGUUCAGUUGCCAGACACCUCCAGCUUGACAGAAAGAAGUGCUGCCUUCCUGUUAAUCUUGCAGCACAUGUAUGCAAGCAGUCCUACAAUCAUUCAGAAGUUGGAGCAGCGAUAUCAUGGGAUGAUGCUCUGCAAUCGGGCAUGAGACGCUUCCAGCACAAGUACUACAAUCUGUUCACCUGCAAUUGCCACUCCUUUGUGGCAAACUGCCUGAACCGGCUUGCCUACAAUGGCUCUGUGGAGUGGAAUGUUUUGAAUGUGGCUGCCCUUGUUUGGUUUCAUGGCCAAUGGGUGGACAAAAUGUCUUUCGUUCGGUCUUUCUUACCUUUCCUAACUGUGACAUGCAUCGGUAUUUUAAUGGCUGGCUGGUCUUUCCUAGUAGGGAUGGCAGCAUUCUCUGUUCUUUUGAUUGGGUGGUUUGUUUUUACAGUAUACUGCGUUAAGGGUUUGAUAUGUUGA